CUAAUUGACAAAUAUAAAGCAAAUAGUAAAAUCUAAUAAAAAUGGAUUAUUUGGAUCUAGACUCUUUUCGUUCCAGGUAUAGCGAUAUAACGGUAACGGCUGUGCCCGCCAAACGAAACAAGGUGGAUGAAGAAGAGCGUCUGCCAGAGCUCUGGGAUGCAGCUGGAAGUGGAGUGGAAAUGACGCCGGCUGCACGCGUGGAAAUCAUACCAAUAAACAUGCCAAGUGUGCCAAGCAAGUCGAUGAUGAUGCAACAGCAGCACCAGCAACAGCAGCAGCAGCAUCAUCAGCAAAAGUUAAGUCAGGAGGCUGUUGCCUACUCGAAUGAAUAUCAACAGGUGUUGGCCAAACUGGAGUAUACGAAGUAUGUGCAGGCGCAGCUGCAGCUGAUGUCCAAUAGCAAUGGGUUUGGUGAGCUGCUCUAUGGCUUGACUGGCAACCAAAUGCAACUGCCCAGCAACGAAGCCAACGGCAUUUCGAACGGCGGCAACAUUGUGGACACCUAUGACAAUCUGUUAAGUGUCAUUGCGGAAAUGCAGAGCAAUUUGGGUCCAACGGCAAUUGGUUUGCGUGCUCCAAAGGAGCGACUGUUGCGUGAUAUAGCCCAUGCUCGUGUCCUGGUUAGGGAAUGCAUUCUAAUGCUAAUGCGCGAUCAUCAACAUCAGCAGCACCAGCACCAGCAAGCGAGCGGCGAGUGACGUCACAAUACGACGUGUUAAUUGCCUGUCUUUGUUUUCACAGUGUGUGACAUAAUAAAACAGCAAAGCAGCAACAACAUGCGUGAAGUUCCCAGAACUAACACACACAUAUACACAAACGUGAUAUUCACACUUGGCGCUUUGUACACACACUUAAACAUGCUCUUCACACUCCGCUCACUCACACAUUCAUGUGCAAUGGUCACACACCAACAGCCAACAAAAAAACGCCUUUAGGCACUCUCACACACUAAUAUGCAACGAAAGGGUCACGAAAUAUCGACUUCGACGUCGACGGCGCUGCCUAUGAUGAAGCUCUCUCCCAUAGUUAUACAGUGGUCACACUCCAGCUCUGCCCAAAAGGCUCACAAAACAAAACGACG